AUGCCGGACGUGGCAAUGGCGGACAGCACCUUUAACAGUCCGGGGCAAAUCGACAUCGUCAUCGGAGGCGAUACGUUCCGGGAGCUCCACACCGGUCGCAAGCGCUCUAUCGGUAGAGGCAAACCGUGGCUGGUCGAAACCCAUUUUGGUUGGGUUGUCACCGGCAACACUCAUCAUUCGUCCAUCGGUCCGCGGCUGUGCCAUCUAUCUGCAUACGACACUCCACUGGAGGAGACCAUGCAGCGGUUCUGGGAGAGUGAAACCAUAGCCGAGGAUCCUGUGCUAUCGGUUGAGGAGAAUACUUGCGAGAAGCAUUUCGCAGCAACAACUGUUCGCAACUCAAGUGGAAGGACCCUAAAACAGAUUGCUCUUGACCACAAGGAAGAGUAUCCUUUGGCAAUGAACGCGGUCAUGAACGAUUUUUACGUAGAUGAUUUGCUAAUGGGUACCGACGAUUUGUCCGAAGCAAUCGUUAUACAAAGGCAAAUCUCAGACAUGCUAAAUUCAGCUGGUUUCACGCUAAAGAAAUGGGCAUCGAACCGCACCGAAGCAUUGCAGAACGUUUCUUCAGAAGAUGUGGCGUGUGUUAUUUCAUUGACCCACGACUGUGUAUUAACGUUUUUAAUCCGGGUUAACGGUGGUGUGAUCAAAACCGCACAUAAUUUCGCGAUGGCGGCUAUCUGUUUCGCGUGUGCUGUGUCACUGGAUGCUGCCGACUGUAUCGUCGGCUGUGCGUACUGUGAGGCUACUUUUCACCGCGGUUGUUGCAGGCUGCCUUCCGAGCUGAUUGAUGCGGUCCUGACUCACAUCGAUCUGCACUGGAGCUGCACUGGGUGCACCAAUAUCCUGAAAAAUCCGCGCUGCCGAUCAGUCAAAGAGAUCGGGGCUCAGGUCGGUUUUCAAGCUGCUCUCACCUCAACUGUUGCGGCUGUGGGGAAGCUUAUUGAACCGAUUAUCGCCGAGGUGCGCAGUGGAUUUACUCUACUGCAAAAUGCACCCAUACCUCAGCUUUGCAAUACCGAUCCUCGGCCCGUUGCGGGUAGAAAGCGGCGGCGUAUCAUCGAGGAUUCUAUGUCCCCUGAUGUCAACAAAAACGUAAACAUUCGUCAAAAUAACAUGUUUGCAGCGUCAUCGCCAAGCGCGUACACUAACACUACAGUCGGCAUCCCACCCUCGUCUACGCUACCGGAAGAACUCAUGGGAACCGAUUCGCUAUCGUCACCGCUUCGAGCAGCAUUUCCCCAGCCGGCCACAGACAGAAUAUGGAUCCGACUAUCUCGCUUGUCCACUGCCGUCACCGUGGAGCAAGUGGUCGCUUCUGUGAAACGCCGUUUAGCCACCGAUGACGUCCUAGCAUACUGCUUGCUGAGGAAGGGAGUCAGUGUUGACAGCGUAAACUGGCUUUCUUUCAAAGUGAGAGUACCGGCCGCCCUUCGUGACGCAGCACUCGCCCCAUCGUCCUGGCCUGUCGGUAUUGGUGUACGUGAAUUUGUACAAUCCCGUCAACGAGAGCAUGGACACUCAUCGUCACCAAUCACCAUCAAACACCGUUCUCUCACACGCACACCUGUUGUCAUCGAUCGCCGAUCGAUGCCUCGCACACCAACAUCCACUGUCUAUCACGCACCGGCACACGCAUCAACUUCACAGGCUCAAACACUAACAUCACCACAAUUGGGAGAACACACGCUGAACGACACUACUCAUGGUCCUAAUUCAACACUCAUUGACGGCCCGCUUUUAAUUCGCCGCACUUCCAACACCAACUUACAACAGACCACACUUGACCGUUUCUUUCACGAAUAGACGAACCUCUGUUAAGUCUGCACAAACACCUACCUGUUAUGUUCCUGCUGCUAAUGCGCUUCGCACUGCCCGUUCCACUGCCUCUGUUUACUAUCAAAACGUGCGGGGACUGCGCACGAAGGUCGAUGAGUUUCGCUUGUCGGUGUUGGAAUCCAAUUUCGAUGUAAUAGUGCUUACGGAAACCUGGCUCGAUCCUAGUCUACCUUCGGCUUUGCUGUUUGACGAUAGCUUCCGAGUCUACCGAUGCGAUCGUAGUGUUGACAACAGUACAUGUUCCCGCGGUGGAGGUGUGUUGAUUGCGUGCUCUCAGUCUCUGACGUCACGGGAGCACACAACGGUGCAUCCAUCGCUUGAGCUAGUGUGCGUUAUAAUACAACUAGGCAAUUCCCGACUAUUCAUCAUUGCUGCAUACCUCCCGCCUAGACUUGCCGCAAAUGCUGCCACGCUCCGUGAAAUCGAAAAUUGCAUUCGCUCAUUAUGCUCAACUAUGCAUCCCGGAGACGGUUUACUCCUGUUAGGAGACUUCAACCAACCUCUCGUCUCCUGGUCAGCCGCUCAGCAUGAUCCGGAUUUGCCAUUUCUGCAUUAUGAGCCACGUACGCGAUCGGCUCUCUCCGCUCUGUUUAUGGACGAGAUGCAUCAUAGCGGACUCUUCCAGAUCAAUGGUCAUCUUAACACCAGCGGACGCGUCUUAGACCUGGUGUUUGCAAAUAAUGCUGUUGCUUCUGUUUGCCUUCCGCUUGAACUUUGCCUCACCCCGCUGUUAGCAAUUGACACCUAUCACCCGGCGCUUGAGUUGGCCAUCCCGCUACCACGAGAGGAAUCAGCCGUUCCUGCGCUAACAUCACGCCUUGACUACGCGCGGACGGACUUUAACAGGCUCCUGCCGAUGAUCGCCUCGUUCGCGAAUGUCUUCGAUUGUUCCCAUUACGCCACUCUUGACCUCGCUGUGAAAGAUUUUGAGCGGUUCAUGUUGCAAGCCCUGAAUGAAUGCACGCCGGUGAAACGACCUAAACGAGGCCCCCCUUGGGGUGACAGAACGCUGCGCAGGCUCAAAACGGCUAAAGCUGCCGCGUAUCGCGAUUAUUUGUUGCGUAGGUGUCCCGCUGCAUUGCGCAACUAUAACACUGCGCACUCUCUCUAUCGGCGCUAUAACAGGUUCCGCUACCUGGGGCACGUACGGCGUACGGUUUUGCGCUGCCGCGGCAAUUCACGAGUACUGUGGAACUUCGCAAACAAUCGUCGGAAAUCCUCUGGUUUUCCUAGCUCCGUCAGUUACAACGGGCGCAACGGCAACAAUCCGUCUGCUGUAUGUGAUAUUUUUGCCUCGCGCUUUGCCGCCACCUUCCUUCCAGCUGUAACUGAUGAGAGGCAGAUAGCCGACGCAUUAUCAAACGUACCGGUGGAUGCUAUGGCCCCAAACUUGCCGAUCAUCGAUGAGUAUUCAGUCUCGAAAGCGAUUGACAGGCUGAAAUCUUCGUUUGCUCCAGGGCCUGACGGGAUCCCGGCUUCCACGCUUAAGCGUUGCGGCACCACCAUCGCGCCUAUCCUGGCCUCGAUUUUUCGCGACUCGCUGCGUUCGGGCAUCUAUCCUGCCUGCUGGAAAA